UUAACCUAUAAGAGUAAAGUUGAUAUUUUAUUUCAGCCAUAAUUUAUCUGUUAAUGUAAGGAAUAUGUUGAAACAUGCAUUAAAAUAUGUAUGUACUUUUCAACUAAGAAAUGAAUCCUUUAUAAGUAGACACCUUUCAAUCUAUCGUAAACCACAACUUUUAAAACCUAACCUUCAAAAUUUGAACGUGCAAAGGACUUUUUGCGUUUCCAAAGCUACUGCGGCAAAAUUAUUUUACGAUUAUGAAAAUGCUUUUGCGUUUAGUGUAAUUAACAAAGAUGCAAACGAUAUACCAGUACCAGUUAGUCCACUCUAUGAAAUUACCACAUUGGAAGAGUUUAAUGAAGUUUUAAACCAAAACUGGAGACGCUCAUCUUGUACAGAAAUUGUUAACGCUCUUAAAAAUGUAACAGGUUAUUGUAUAAGUAAUGGAGUAAAUAUCUCAGAUACUCGUUUCGAUAAAUUGGUUGAUGGGUUAAUGGAUCACUGUGAAAAGUUGUCGGAUACGGAACUUUUUGAAUUACUUCAGUGCUUGUCAGAAAUUCCUCCUUGUGAUUCAGCUUCAUCACAUAAUUUUCAUGACGUGUGGAGUUGUUUAGAUGAUAUUUGCUGUUGGAAGAUGAUUGAGUGGGAUAUAGAGAAAAUGUUUAAAUUUGCUAAUAUUUGGUACAAGUUAAACCUUGCUAAAAUGGGGGAUUACAUUUUUGCGGUCAUAGAUAGAUUAACCAAAAAGGCAGAUAGACUGACGAAAGAUCAGUUAGUUCAUGUAUUUUUUUAUUUUAACGUCUGUCGAAAAAGAGCAGUUGAUUUCGAAUAUGAAUAUGCGUUAGAGAAGAAAAUAAAUGAGAUGAAUGUUGAUGAGGUAGCUGUAGUUGCAAUGGGAUAUUUUAAAACGAAAACCAAAAUUAAGCUAACUCCUAUUAUAGAAACAAUGGUACGGAAAAUUAACGAAAAUAGUAAGAGUAUUCAUGAAAUUUCUUUAGCAGCAAUUAUAAAGGUAAUUCGUCUCUCAAAACCUAUAAGAGUCGUCUCUCAAAUUCAAUCCAUGUUGGAUCAACUUUACGUAGAAAUGGACCGUCUUUCAAAUUUAUGCUGUCUUCACAUAGCUCUAAUAGGCACAGGGAUCCAAACGCCACAUAAUAAAACCAUACAAAAGGCAUCGGAGAGGUUAGUGAAAGAUAUUACCGAUUUACAAAAAGUACGAUUAAAAGAUAUAGAACGGCUAUUAAAUGUAUUAUCUAUGUUCUAUUUUGACCCCAAAACGGAGCCAGAUAUCUUUAAGGUUGCUCAUGCAGAGUUACAUAGAGAAGAGAGACUAGCAGAGUUAGUACAAUAUCCGAGGUGCUUGGCUUGCGCUCUAAAUUAUCUUAGUAUAAAAAACAUUUAUUCCUAUGAGUUUAUGAAUAAGGUUUUAGACUUGGAAUACAUAAACGACACUUACGGUAAAGGAGCUAGAUGUCUACCAAGAGAGCUGUUAUUGUUGGAUGCUUCCGUAGAUAUAGAAUGUCCAGAUUAUAAAGGAAAUCGGCUGCCACCAGAACUCAGACGAAAAGCUACAAAGUGGGUCAUUGAAUAUAUUCCCAGUAACGAUCAACCUAAGAAAAUUACAGCCGCCGAUCAAUUAUUUUUAGAUGUGAUCGAUACAGUUAAAGAUAUUGUUAAAAAUGAUAGUGCUAUUAAAAUUGAACACAUCAUGCCACAUUUCUCCAGAGCAGAUAUCAUCUUGUGUAGAGAAAAAAAAUCGGGUAAAUUUGUGCCCCCAUGUGGCUUUGAAAGUUAUGUAUUAGGUGACGUCAUGUUUCCCUAUAAAAAUGAAUCGUUGGAGUGGUAUGCUAUCUCUAUUUUGGGUUGGAAUAACACGAUUCGGGAUAGCACUCUACCGCUUGGGAAUAUGAUAAUGAAGAAGAGACAGCUUGAAAAAAUGGGUUACGUGUCUAUUUUUGUGAUUUGGAGUGAAUUUUUAAGUUUGCCCAAGGAAAGUCGAGUAGAAUAUAUUGUAAGAAAUUUUGUUUAAUAAAAAAUCGUAAUUUAUA